AGCGCCUUCCCUUAGCCAUGGGUUCGUCGGCUGCCGCGGCGGCGGCGGCGGCGGCGGCGGCGGCGGCGGCGGACUCGGCGCAGUGGCUCUCGGUGAAGGAGGAGACCAUCUUUCUGCACGACGGGCUUAUCCGGGUCACCGACCUGGCCGAGCUGCCCAGCGAGAUCCUCGGCGCCCCGGAGGCAGCCGACACCGACCUGGAGAUUUUAACGUUUGAGACCAAGAACCCAACGGAGUUAGCAGAACGUUUGCGCUCUGUUUGUGGCAAUCAGAGCAAUGCAUAUGCCCGCCUGCUGGAAUACCGCCUGAAUGCCUUGCGUGGACUGUGGAAUGCCCAGCGCCAGCUGGCCCUGGAGGAGCAGCAUGAAAGGGAAGGCUCGGGUGAUGAAGAAACCUUGGCCCUGCUCAAGCGCCAGGGCUUGCUGCAGCAACCUGAGCAAGCGCCCUUCACGUCCCGGGUGGGCCUCCUGUUGGUCUUCCCCCUUAUUCAGUCCCAGAGUAGAACAGACCCCUCCCUCUGUAACAUAACCGCUGAGGUGCUAUUGAACUGCCUGCGUGACUGUCAGCCUCUGAGCUUGACCAAGGAGCCUGCCGACUGUCUCAAUGGGAUAGAAACCCUGCUGUGCUCUUGGCUAGAGGAGACCUCGGACACAGGCCGACACAUCCCACACAAGCAGAAGGAGAACGCUGCCGCUGCCCUGGUGGCUUUGGCAUGUGCCAGGGGAUCAUUGAAGACUUUUGUCCACACAGUCCAUCUGCUGCAGAGACAGACUGAGCUGGGCUCCCUGCCUGUCGCCGAUGUUUUAUAUAGGCUGCUGCUUUUGGAAGGGGGACCUGGAUCCCCAUCCUGUUUACUCGGGGGAAAACACAUAGUAUCCUGGGGGUAUGAAGACAUGCUGCCUGCACCAGACAGCAAUACUGGCUCCAGUUCUGAGAGCAAAGAUGCUGACUUGGGACGCUGCCUCACCGCAGACGGGCGUUACCUGUACACUACCAACUCAGCUGGAAGAGGAGUCAGCAAGUUGGGCUCUGGACUGCAUGGCACUCUCAGAGGGUUUGUGUACUGCCGCAAUGAGGAGCUGGAACCAGGAUGGGUGGCGUAUGGCAGUGGCCAUCUCCUCCAUCGCCCUGUGUCUUUUGACAAUAAACCUCAUUCCCUUUUCCAGGUCCUAGACCAGAACACACUGCAGGUGUGCCAGACAGUGCCCAUGCCAGCCAGUCCCCUCCCUGCAGGCAGUACCAUGAGCACCGUGCACCUUUCCUCGGAUGGCACUUACUUCUACUGGAUCUGGUCUCCUGCGAGUCUGAAUGAGAAAACCCCAAAGGGACAUUCUGUCUUCAUGGACAUUUUUGAACUUAUGGUGGAAAAUGGGGUAUUUGUAGCCAGCCCACUUCAGGAACGCACAAUUCUAAUGCGAAAAGAGGGUGAAUCUGCCAAAAGCAUUAAUGAGAUGCUCCUGAGCAGACUCUCUCGGUACAGAGCCUCCCCAUCGGCGACACUGGCGGCCCUGACUGGCUCUACCAUCUCCAACACCCUGAAGGAGGAUCAAGCAGCAAAUACUAGCUGUGGCCUUCCUCUGAAAAUGCUGCGGAAGACACCCAUGUACACUUGUGGCACAUACUUGGUGAUGCUGGUCCCACCUCCAGGGGGGUCAGGCAGCUCUGCCACCCGCUCUCUUUUUGGUGGAACAAGUGGUCUGUCGUCUUUAAAAAUCCUGGCCUCCAGCUUGGUGUAUAACAUUUCAGACGGUCAGUUCACAAGUCGUGCGGAUCUCAUAGAUGCUGCUGGAAGCUCACUGGGGCGUGGUGCUCUUGUACCAGGAUUGGGUGCCUGUUACGAUACUGUGAACAACAUGCUAUGGACCUGCUCAAAUGACUACAUCGAUCAGUGGUGCAAUCCUGGGAACCAGGCCUUCCAUUACGUGUGCCAGAGACUGGGGGUCAGCCAUAUCAUCACCGAACCCAAAGAAGAAGCAAUCAGCACAAAUGAGGUCAUAAACCAGUUACUGCACCAUGUUGGCGCCAUGUGCAUUCACCAGCUCAAUCUUCUGGCCACAAACCCCAACCUUCCCAUCACUAGCGUCCUGGGCAAACAGCACCCCAUUGAGGCACGCCAUCUGAGCAGCAUUUGUGACAUCAUGGAGAAGGCCAUGGUUAAUGGAGACACCUGUAUCGUACGCUGCAUCCUUGUUGUCUUUCAGGUGGUGUUUAAAUUUUUCUUCAGCCCACAAACUGAAAGGAACCGAGACAUCAUUCGGCGCUCAGGAUUGCUUCUUUGGCAGUUGUUGAUGGCACCAAAAGACCAGAUCUGCCCUGAAAUUCAGAAGGAGGUCUGUCUUGCCAUCAGCUCUGGCUUAAAUAUCUUAUACCCAGGUGAAACUGAAAUCAAUAACUUACUUAAGCUGGUCUUAACAGAAGGAGAGAGAAACAGUGGACUCUCCCAGCUGCGAGAUGUGAUCCUAACCAACCUAGCUGAGCAGCUUCAGAACAACCGAUUUGGCAGUGACGAGGAUGAUCACUACAGACUCAAUGACGAACUCUUACACUACAUCCUGAAGAUUGUUGUGCGAGAAUCCUGUAUCCUAAUCACCAAGUGCCAAACCGUUUCCAAGGAUGAUUUCCAGAAGCUCCUUUCAACCGUGCCUGCUGCGUCUUCCUGCCUGCGCUAUCUGAUGGCAGUUCAGAAUCACCUUCUCAGUAACACUAUUUUGAUUAAGCCUGAUGAGAAUGAUGACAGUGACAGCUCCUUGCAGGGAGAGACAUUGAAGGUACAGGAGUUAAAGGCCAGUAUUUUGGCUCUUGCCACCCAGAUCCUGACUGGAUGUGAUGAAGUACUGGAGAUGCUGCAGCAGGUCACCACUGCCCUCAUAAACAGUGACAUAGCUGACCGAGAGCAAAGGUUAAAAGGCUUGGAACAAGUGACCAAGGCCACUAUGCUUGGUCACCUUCUCCCAGUGUUGCUGACCUCCCUGAUGCACCCCAAUCUGCAGACCUUGACCAUGGCCGAUGCCCUGAUGCCUCAGCUGGUGCAACUGGUGCUCUACACCAGCCAGACGGCCUUGCUGCUUAAAACCCAGUGUCCCGUUUUUGCCGAGGUGGGCUGUUCCCCGUGUGGCACCUCAGACCCGAAGUGCAGGCUAUUCCCUGAUGAGAGUACUUACGUGAACAAAAUGAAAGAACUAGAACUUUUGUGUUCAAUGAAGGAAGUCUCCUUUGAUGGAAAUGAUCUUGAAAACAUGGUCCUCUCCCUGAGGGAGAAGUUCCUCCAAGAAGUGAAUUCCCUCACUCAGAAGCCCUCUCACCCCCUGGCCAAAACGAAGACGCUGGUGAAGAGCCUAAUGAACCGAGCCGAGCUGCUGCUGCAUGUCACCAUUGCAGCCCAGUCAGGCCUCACCAGGAGCAUCUCAGGGACACCGGCAGAGACGCCUGCAUGCAAGUCAGCUUCAGAAACAAAGGUGGCAUCUCAUGCUGUCCGGCAGCCUGUUUUCCUUCGAAGCAUGUCUGCUCCUUCUGACCUGGAAAUGAUUGGUAACGAAGACUUGGAAUUUACUAGAGCAAAUCAGAGGCGUCGCCACGUGACCAGCCACCGCAGCAGCUCCUUUACACUCCUGCAGUCGCUGGCCAUCGAGGACAGCAGGGACAAGCCCACUUACAGCGUUCUGCUGGGGCAGCUGUUCGCUUUCAUUGGCACUAACCCCGACCAAGCGGUGUCCAGUAGCAGCUUCCUUUUGGCUGCACAGACAAGGUGGCGGCGGGGAAACACGCGGAAGCAGGCCCUGGUGCACAUGCGGGAGUUGCUGACUGCGGCCGUGCGAGUUGGGGGAGUGACACACCUGGUGGGCCCGGUGACAAUGGUCCUCCAGGGAGGGCCCAGAAUUGAAGAGCUCACCUGCGGUGGGAUGGUGGAGCAGGUCCAGGAAGCCUUCGGUGAGACCAUGACCUCUGUGGUGUCUCUGUGCGCUCGGUACCCUAUUGCUUGUGCGAACAGCAUUGGGCUCCUGUGUACCAUACCUUACACCAGGAGUGAAGAGAAGUGCCUGGUCCGCAGUGGCCUUGUGCAGCUCAUGGAUCGACUCUGUAGCCUGAGCAGUCAGACUGAGUCCAGCUCCAGUGAGAAGCAGACCAAAAAGCAGAAGGUGGCCACCAUGGCCUGGGCUGCCUUCCAGGUGUUGGCCAACCGCUGUGUGGAGUGGGAGAAAGAGGAAGGUGGCUCCACAGAGGCUGUGCACUCAGGGCUGGCCCGUCAGGUGUCCAGUCUCCUCACCAACCACCUUGCACGAGCUACUGAGUGCUGUGGCAACCAGGCUGCUGGGAAUGACGCCCUGCAAGAUGUCCUGAGUCUUCUCAAUGACCUCUCCAGGAGCCACAUAGGGAAAGCCAUCUUGAGCCAGCCAGCCUGUGUAUCCAAACUCCUUUCCCUGCUGCUGGAUCAGCGUCCAUCCCCAAAGCUGGUGCUGAUCAUUCUUCAGCUGUGCCGUGCGGCUCUGCCUCUGAUGAGUGUGGAGGACUGUGGGAAUGUGGAGCUUCCACCCUGGAGUUACUCCGUCCCCUCCCUCAACAGUGAGCAGGAAGACCCUAGUGACCCUGCCUCCAAGAUCGCCUCUCUGCUCUUAGCCAAGCUGGCAGACUAUGUGGUCCCAGGAUGUCAGACGGUUCUUUCUCCAACUGCUUCUGAACCUGAUACCACGUUGACAAAAACCAGUCCUAAGAAUCCCUUAAAAGGAGAUAAAGAUCCUGGAGAAGAAAGUGAAGCCGUGGACGGCAAGCUCUCCAUAUUCAUCCACAAGCGGGAAGAUCAGUCCUCCCAUGAAGUCCUCCAGCCAUUGCUGAGUAGCUCAGAAGGACGGCCUUUUCGACUUGGUACCGGUGCCAACAUGGAGAAAGUUGUGAAGAUGGAUCGAGACAUGACCAAGGGUGGCUGCUGUGAAGUGAUCACAGAAGAGGCCUCAGCUGCCCUCCGGAAAGCAACCAAGUGGGCACAGUCAGGCCUCAUUGUCAGUGUCGGGCCACCGGUAGAGUCCAUCAACCCAGAGACUGUGAGCGGGCUGUCCACGGGCGACAAAAAGAAAACCGCCCAAACCUCCAUCUGCCGAGAGAGGAACUCGGAACUCGCCAGGACUGACCCUGUGCGGCCCUUCAUCAGUGGGCAUGUGGCAAACAGCAUGGCUGCAGAAGUGAUCGCCUUGCUCCAUAGCCUGCUCAUGGCACCUGAAUCAAAUGCUGCUCAGAUUUGGACCACAACGGCAGAAAAGGUUCUGUCCCGAGCACUGAUGUACAUUCCACAACUGGGGAAAUAUGCAGAAAGCAUCCUGGAAAAUGGGAGCAGCAGUGGCCGGAAACUCGCCAAACUACAGAGGAUCGCACGCCAGGCUGUUGCUGCACUCUGUGCCCUUGGAGGCUUUAAAGAGACCAUCAAGAUAGGCUCCGAGGUCCAGGUUUUAGGUAGAGGAAUAUCGGGAAGCAUCGGAGUUGUGGCUUCUAUCAAUGAACAGGAAGGUAUAGCUACAGUCAGAUUCCCUCCUGUGGACUGCCGAAGGACAUCUCAAGCAGCAGACACACUGACAAUUCCCUUGUCUAGACUUUGUGUUCCAAGGUCAGAGGCGCUGCCUCUUCAUAAGCUGUCCAUUACUGAGAAGGUAGUCCAGGCAGUGCAGUCCAUGCUGCUCCCUCAGGAGGGAAGCCUCUCUAUCCACACCUCACUUCCUGCAACAGGAGACGGCUCAGCACCUGUCAUGGCAGUUGUCCGGCUCCUGGCUGAAAUUCGAACAAGAGCAUGCCUGGUCAUGGCGCAGCUUUUAGAAGACAGUCUGUUUUGUGAAGAAUUUAUACAGCAGUGUCCAGCAGCUGUGGAAGUUCUGAACCUCGUAGCCCAGGAGUGCAGUGCUGGAGAGCGACUUGCGGUUGUAGAGGUGCAGUGUGAGCGGCUCAGGAUGCUCUACCGGGACUGUGCUCGGCCCCCUCCACCUCCACUGCAGGCUGACCGGAGACAGCCCAAAGAGAUCACCUGGAGUCCUUCUCGAGUGUUCCCUCCAGUCCGCGCCUGCAUGUUCUCCUCUCACCUCACCUCUGUCACCUUCCUGGCUGACCCCAGUGCUGGAGGAGGUCUUCCCCGGGGCACCUUCAUCUAUGCCACCUCCCCCUUGCCAGUUCAGGCCCCAUCUUUUUACUGGGAAAUUGAGAUUGUUUCCUAUGGAGACACUGACGAUGACACUGGACCAAUCGUCUCCUUUGGCUUUGCUACAGAAGCUGAGAAGCGUGAUGGGGCAUGGACCAAUCCAGUGGGCACUUGCCUUUUCCACAACAACGGCCGAGCGGUACACUACAAUGGCUCCAGUCUGCUACAGUGGAAGAGUGUCCGCCUAGAUGUCACACUCUCUCCUGGUGAUGUGGCAGGAAUCGGCUGGGAGAGGACUGAGGGGACCCCACCUCCUCCAGGGCAGCCAGCCAAAGGUCGGGUGUACUUCACUUACUGCGGACAGCGCCUCACACCGUACCUGGAGGACGUCUCUGGGGGGAUGUGGCCUGUGGUUCACAUUCAGAAAAAGAACACAAAAACUCGAGCCAACUUUGGCUCCCGCCCGUUUGCAUAUGCUGAAGGACAGGCCCAUCGCAACGCUGCCGACCUGUGCACUGACCUGGCAGAGGAGAUCAGCGCCAACUUUGAGGCCCUGCCGUUUGCCAUGGCAUCUGACAGCGACAACGAUGCCGGCACCAGCAUUGCAUCAGACCCAGGCACUCAUGGGCCACCAUGCCGAAUUGCUGCAGUGGCCACAGCCCAGCAACAAUAUGACAGUGACACCUCCUGCCAUUAUAAAGUCGAGCUCAGCUAUGAGAAUUUCAUCACCUCUGGGCCAGACCCCCAUCCACCCCCCAUUGCGGACGAUGAAAGUGAUGACGACGAUGAUGACGACAUCCCACAGGAGGACCACUAUGCCCUGUUGGUGAAAGCGUGGGAGACCAAGGUUUUCCCUACCAUCCGAAGACGCUUCCGCAAUGAAGCUGAGCGAAAGUCAGGCCUGGACCAGAUCAAGGGUGCUUUACAACUAGGCAUGGUGGACAUCGCCCGGCAGACAGUUGAAUUUCUCUAUGAGGAGAACGGCGGCAUCCCAAGAGACCUUUAUCUUCCCACCAUUGAGGACAUUAAAGAUGAAGCAAACAAGUUCACAAUUGACAAAGUCCGAAAAGGUCUCACGGUUGUAACACGCUCUCCAGACAGCAGCAAUGUCGCCAGCAGUACCGUAGGAACUGCCUUGCCAAAAUUUGCCAUCCGAGGGAUGCUCAAAACCUUUGGCCUUCAUGGAGUUGUCCUAGAUGUCGAUUCAGUGAAUGAGUUGGUGCAAGUGGAGACAUACCUCCGGAGUGAAGGGGUGCUGGUGCGGUACUGGUACCCCAUUGAUAUGUUGGAAAGGCCCCCCGCAGGCUACCGAAGAACAGCCACUAAUGGGCUGGUCACACUGGACAAUACCAACCUUCAAAUUCACAGAGAGCUGCUGCGGUGUGAGGCUGCACUGGCCAGGCUGUACUGUCGCAUGGCCUUGCUCAACAUCUUCGCCCCCAAGCUGCCUCACCUAUUCACUCGCCUCUUCCACAUCCCUGCCAUCCGAGACAUCACGUUAGAGCACCUGCAGCUCCUGUCCAAUCAGCUCCUCGCUCCUCCCCUCCCAGACGGCACCAUCAGCUCCAGCUCCAUCCUCCUGGCACAGUCCCUGCGGCACUGCAUCCACUCACAGAGCUGCUCGGCCACCGACCUCUUCUACCAGGGCAGCUCCCAGAUGCUGAGGGAGUGGCUCAGCGUGGCCAUCACCCGUACCCUGCACCAGGGCGAGGACAGCCUCCUGGAGCUGACGAAGCAGAUCUGCGCCUUCCUGCAGACAGCACCGGAGCAGUUCCCCUCCGAAGAAUUCCCAAUUUCUGAGUCCAAAGUCAAUAUGGAUGUGAAUUUCCCGGGAGCAGCCUUUGUUGUUGUGUCUUGCAAAGAAAGUCAGUCUGGAUUCCGCAAAGACUCCUCUCUGUACAAGGCCCCGUGGGCGCGUGUGCUCGUCUACGGGCUUGGCCACAAAGUGAAGCGCACCGGCCAGCUGAACCUCAUCGAAGCUGCCUGCUACCCCCGAGACGCCUCCCCGGCCAACACUGGGCUCGCCCCUCCACCCACAGCUGACCAGUACCCGUCUGUGGUUCUCUCCACAGACAAGGUCCACAUCAGACUAGGAGUAUCCCCACCUCCUGGAGCUGUGCUGGUCUUGCACUCUCUGCCCCUGGAGUUCCCCCUGGCGAUGGCCUUUGCAGAGCAGCUGCUAUCGUGGAAAUCAGAGGACAGUGAAGGGAAGUCAGAGGACGAGCCUGACGCCAUUCCUACCGCGGUCCUCCUGCACGUGGUGGAACUGCUGGGAAACUUCCUGUGGACCACAGACAUGGCAGCCUGUGUGAAGGAGUUGGUCUUCCACCUCUUGGCUGAGCUCUUGCGUACAGUACACAGCCUGGAGCAGCGGAAACACCCAGCUGGCCUGUCCUCCUCUAUCGCCCUCCAGCUCAAUCCCUGCCUGGCCAUGCUGAUGGCCUUGCAGUCAGAGCUGCACAAGCUGUACGACGAGGAGACCCAGAGCUGGGUCUCGGGCAGUGCCUGUGGUAGCUCUGGAGCAGUAGCCGUGGGCGACCAGGGCAGGUUUUCAACCUACUUCCAUGCUCUCAUGGAAGGCUGCCUGGCAGUUGCUGAAGUAACCCUGCCUACCAAUAUCAGUGUCACAGCUAGUGGGGUGACCUCAACGACCACCCCAAACCUCAGCGACUCCUCCUCCUCCUCUUCUUCCUCCCCGGGACAGACACCACAGAGCCCUAGCCUCCUGUCUAAGAGGAAGAAAGUCAAGAUGAAGCGGGAGAAGGCCUCCUCCUCCAGCAAGCGCCAGUCUUCCCGUGCCGCAGAUGCGGACUCCACCGUGCUCAGCAUCGGGGGGAGCAAGCCUGAGGACAUGCUGUGGUUCCACCGUGCCCUCACCUUGCUCAUCAUCCUCCGGCACCUUACCAGAAAGGAUCCGCAGGGCCUGGGUGUAACAAGUGAUGCAAUCGCCGAUGCCUGCCAGGCCCUAGUGGGCCCCACUGCCCACAGUCGCCUGCUAGUGAUCUCGGGCAUUCCCACACACCUGGAUGAAGCUGUUGUCAGAGGUGCUAUCCGCAAGGCCUGCAAUGCCCAUGGCGGUGUCUUCAAAGAUGAGAUCUACAUCCCACUGCAGGAGGAAGACCCCAAGAAGCCAAAAGACAAGGCUGAGGGUGGCGACAGCAAGGUUGAAUCUGAGAAGUUGCUGGGGUUCCCCAGUGUGGACAGCUUGGAGGGGAGCACGUCCAGCAGCCUGGCCCCCGCCAUGAGCAUCAGCGCCUCAGCUUCUACCAGCCAGGCCUCAGUCUGUAGCUCCCAGGGUAUCUCGCAGACUGCUAGUGACCUCUCAGUAGACCCGCUGCCCUCGGGCCUGGAGCUGCCUGUUCCUCCUGUCCUGUUGGAACCCCAUGUGGUGUCCAGCCAGGAGAGCCUGGACAUUUCCUUGUGCAGCACUGGCAGCCUGGGUAGCCUGGGCAGCCUAGGGGAACCUCUGGACAAUGCAGAGACAGCAUCUGUUUCAGACGUGGGCUCCAUGUACACGGUCACUUCCCUGGAUACCCAGCCCCUCACAGCGCGCCCUAUCAAAGGCUUUGCAGUGGUGGAGAUAAGGUCCCGAGCCAAAAUUGAGAAAAUCCGAGCAAGUUUAUUUAACAAUAACGAUUUGAUUGGCUUGUCAAGUCUGGACGGUGAGGAUGAGUUGAUGGAAAUGUCUACAGAGGAGAUUCUGACAGUGUCUGUGGUGAACCAGAGUCUGUUUGACACUCAGGGGAGCCCAGGGCUAGAAGACUACUUCAACGACAAGUCCAUUAAAGGUGAGAAAUUGGUGCCUGGGGCCAGAGAGGUCCUGACAGAAAUAUUUAAAAGCUGCGCCCACUCAGAGCAGACGCUGAGCCUAACACCAGCGAAACCCAUCAGGGUCUCUGACAUCUAUCUUAGCAAAGAGCAGAUCAACUCCCAGAGCCCAGGCAACCUCCUGCACCUCUUCUUCACCAACGUCCGGCCCCCAAAGAAGGUGCUGGAGGACCAGCUCACACAGAUCCUGAGGAAAUAUGGCGUGCCCAAGCCUAAACUGGAUAAAAGCAAGUACAGCAAAGCCGGGAAGGAGCAGCACCCCGUAAAGGUGGUGAGCACCAAGCGGCCCGUCACCAAGCCGCCUGCCAAGGACAAAGCUGUGCUCAGCAGUCUCAGCAGGACUGCAUUAAGUGAGAAGAAGCCGACUGUGAAGGCAAAGUCACCUGAGAAGAGCAAACCAGAUGAGAAGGAUCCAGAAAAGUCACCCACCAAAAAGCAAGAAGUUCCUGAGGAAAAGUACCUGACUCUAGAAGGAUUUCACAAAUUCGUCAUCGACCGAGCCAAGCAAGACAUCCGCAGCGUCUGGAGGGCGAUCUUAUCCUGUGGCUAUGACCUUCAUUUUGAGAGGUGUGCCUGCAUCGAUGUCCGACAUGCACAAAAGGCCUCCAGGAAGUGGACGCUGGAGAUGGAUGUAGCUCUCGUGCAGUACAUCAACAGGCUGUGUCGUCAUCUUGCUAUCACGCCAGCACGGCUCCACCCUCACGAAGUGUAUCUUGACCCAGCUGAUGCCACAGACCCCAGGAUGGCCUGUCUCUCAAAUGUGCCUAUCGAGAGCUUGCGCCUACGCUUCGCACUGCUCCAGUCUCUCAACACCACACUGGAGACCUUCUUCUUGCCCCUGGUGGAGCUGCGUCAGACACCCAUGUACACGCACAGCAUUGCUGCCCUGCUGAAGGAAGCAAAAGGACUGAUCUUCUACGACACAAAGGUGACUGUGAUGAAUCGGGUUCUAAAUGCCACUGUGCAGAGGACAGCUGACCAUGCAGCACCCGAGAUCACCUUGGACCCACUGGAAAUUGUGGGAGGGGAAAUCAAAGCCUCGGAAAACUCCUACUUCUGCCAGGCUGCCCGGCAGCUGGCCUCCGUGCCAUCUUCUCAGCUCUGUGUCAAGCUGGCCAGUGGUGGUGACCCCACAUAUGCCUUCAACAUCCGCUUCACUGGGGAGGAGGUUCAUGGCACCAGUGGCUCCUUCCGUCACUUCCUGUGGCAGGUGUGUAAGGAGCUGCAGAGUUCCUCACUGUCAUUGCUCCUGCUGUGCCCCAGCUCUGCUGUCAACAAGAACAAGGGCAAGUACAUCCUGACGCCAAGCCCCAUCACCUACGGGGAGGAACAGCUGCUGCACUUCCUAGGCCAGCUGCUGGGGAUUGCCAUCCGUGCAGAUGUGCCUCUCCCCCUGGACCUGCUGCCCUCCUUCUGGAAGACACUGGUUGGUGAGCCCCUUGACCCUGACCAGGACCUGCAGGAAGCAGACAUCCUCACCUACAAUUACGUCAAGAAGUUUGAGAGUAUCAACGACGAGAGCGAGCUGGAGGCCUUGUGCGCCGAGAUCGCCUCCCAGCACCUGGCCACCGAGAGCCCUGAAGGUCCCAAGCCCUGCUGCCGGUUCACCUACCUGACCAUGACUGGCGAGGAGGUGGAGCUGUGCAGCCAUGGUCGGCACAUCCCUGUGGCGUGGGAGAACAAGGAUAUCUACGCAGCAGCCAUCCGGAGCCUGCGGCUGCGGGAGCUACAGAACAUGGAGUGCGUGACAGCUGUGCGUGCUGGCCUAGGCUCCAUCAUCCCCCUGCAGUUGCUCACCACUCUCAGCCCACUGGAGAUGGAAUUGCGUACCUGUGGUCUCCCAUACAUCAACCUAGAGUUCCUGAAGGCUCACACCAUGUACCAGGUCGGGCUGAUGGAGACAGAUCAGCACAUCGAGCUCUUCUGGGGGGCUCUGGAGACGUUCACCCAGGAGGAACUAUGCAAGUUCAUCAAGUUCGCCUGCAACCAGGAGCGCAUCCCCUUCACCUGCCCUUGCAAGGAUGGGGGCCCUGACACAGCCCAUGUGCCACCGUACCCCAUGAAGAUUGCCCCUCCAGAUGGCACAGCAGGUCCCCCAGACUCGCGCUACAUCCGAGUGGAGACCUGCAUGUUCAUGAUCAAGCUUCCCCAGUACUCCUCCCUGGAGAUCAUGCUGGAGAAGCUGCGCUGUGCCAUUCACUACCGUGAAGACCCCCUAAGUGGCUGAUGGGAGUGAACCGGAAGAUUAGGCUAUCACCAAGGCACCAUUCUGCUGGCUUGGGAAGCCUGUCAGUGCAGGCACAUCCCUCCAGGGCCCCGAGUGAGGAGCUGGCGAUACUUUGCUUUUCUGAACUUUGGUCCGUGUCCCAGGGCCACCUGGAAGACACCUUUUGUAUGUGUCCGUUU